UUUUCGCCUGCUUAUUUGUGAUAUUAGGUUAAAAAAUAAAUAAAAUACGAGACCUCUUAUUCAAGCGUAAUCCCAUCCAAAGCUUAUAGCCUAAUCUCCGAUAAAAUAAUCAGAAAUUUAUUAUUUGUCUGGUUCUAGGUUCAGAGACAGGGCAGUUUAUUUGUGGGAACCAAUCAAGAAGCAUCAAUGGAGGAGAUAACGGAGGGAGUCAGCAACAUCAACGUUAACGCCGGUGAGCUUCAGAAGAAGAAUCGCAUUCAGGUCUCCAGUUCCAAGAAGCCUUUGUUCUUCUAUGUCAAUCUCGCCAAGAGGUAUAUGCAGCAGUACAAUGAGGUGGAGCUUUCUGCUCUUGGAAUGGCUAUUGCAACGGUGGUCUCUGUGGCUGAAAUCUUGAAAAAUAAUGGAUUUGCUAUUGAGAAGAAGAUUAUGACAUCAACUGUUGAUGUCAAAGACGAUUCAAGAGGAAGACCAGUUUCAAAAGCCAAAAUUGAGAUAAUGCUUGAGAAGAGUGAGAAGUUCGACGAAAUAAUGGCAGCCACUGCUGAAAAGGACCGGGGUAAUGGAGAAGUGCAAAGUUAAAUUCACUCUCUAAUCGUGUCGCAUUUUCAUUAGAAGUCCGAUGAAUCAUUGGUUGAUUAGAAGUUUAGGUUUUGGUGUUUUCUUUUAUGUCUUGUGCCAACAAAUGACAAAAAACAUGCGGAGAUCCUAAGUUGGCUUUGGCUGUUAAGCAAAAGAAGUGGUUACAUUUUGAACAUACAUUGUCUAUGAGUCUUCUUCAUCGAAAUUCAUAUGUGUUUAUACAAAUUAAAGAAAUAGAGAUUCAGUUGUAAUUGGUUUAUGACAAAAUCGUAAUUUGGUUUGAACUGUAAUUGGAAUCUCCAAAACCUGAAAACCCAAGAUAGAUUGAUAUUCUC